GUUAGUGUCUCAGGCUGCAGCGAGUAACCAGCUCGGCUCCUCCCGGACACUCUGAGCUGUGCACGGGGAGGAACGGUCGCUGCUCUCCGCUCCUGCGCUUCACGGAUUUAAAGUCUGCUUCUUCCACAGACUCUCCAGACAGUGUCCGCCAGACUUUCGCUCAUAGAUUUAUAUUUAUAUAUUCGUCUUGCGCGGUAAUCUCUGUACAGACGGGGAUCGUUGACUUCACCUGUUGCCCACAGAUGUUGAGAAGCACAGAGCAGAUGUGAUCGUCUCAACAUCCGUUUCAUUUACGCACAAAGUUCAGAGCCACCUAGUUUUCUUGUUCAUAGUUCGUUUACAACCAGUGAGGAACACGGGCAUGGAUCUGAGACCGGAGCACCCCUCAGUCUCCUCUGCCUCGCAAAUCCACCCGGGAAUGGCGGCGGCUGCAGCGGCCGCGGCAGCCUCCAUCCCGGUGUCCAUGGCCAGCAGCCUCCUGCGCGGCCCUCAGCUGAUCCUGCGCACCACGGACAAGUACCCGCGCACCCCGAAGUGCGCCCGCUGCAGGAACCACGGCGUCGUGUCCGCGCUGAAGGGCCACAAGCGCUACUGCCGCUGGAAGGACUGCAUGUGCGCCAAGUGCACGCUGAUCGCCGAGAGGCAGCGGGUCAUGGCCGCGCAGGUGGCGCUGCGGCGGCAGCAGGCGCAGGAGGAGAACGAGGCCCGGGAGCUGCAGCUGCUCUACGGCACCGCGGAGGGACUCGCCCUGGCCGCCGCCAACGGCAUCAUCCCACCGCGGGCCAACUACGAGAUAUACGGUUCUGUCAGCAGCGAGAGAGACUCAGACUCCAGCAUCCAGAAGUAUGAGCUGUUUGCAAAGAGCCAUCACUCCGGCUCCGCCACCCCGCAGCAGUCCGUGGGCAAACCAGCAUCCACCGAGAGCGACUCAGCCCCGGGCAUCUCGUCUCCAGACGGCCGGCGUGGAGGCUCAGGUUCGGAGAACGGAGACAGCGAGUCUUUCAUCGGCUCACCCGUGUCCAAGCCUCUGAAGGACGGAGGGGAGACUCCAGGGUCCGUGAGUUCUCUGGGUUCCGAUUCCGGCUCCGAGACCGACAAGGACGAGCAGGAGCCCUCCCCUUCCUCCGCGGCCUCCCGGCACAUGAACGCCAUCGACAUCCUGACCCGGGUGUUCCCCAGCCACAAGCGCAGCGUCCUGGAGCUCGUGCUGCAGGGCUGCGGCAAAGACGUGGUGCAGGCCAUCGAGCAGAUCCUCAACAACAGCGGCGCCCAGGGAUCCAACAAGGCCGGGCCCGAGGAGACGUGGACGGCCGAGAGGAUGCUCCAAAGCGCGCAGCCGCCGCCGUCCUCCGCAUCCACAGCCGCCCAGACGAGGCCCUUGUUACCCGGCACCAUGACGCUGAGUAACCGCUCCGCGUUUUCCCCUCUCCAGCCCAACGCCCCGCACUUCGGCGCCGACCCCAGCACCUAUCCUCUGGGUACCCACCUGGGACUGAACCCGCUGCGGCUGGCCUACUCUGCGCACAGCCGGGGACUGGCUUUCAUGACGCCCUACUCCACCACCGGCCUGAUGCCCACCCUGGGCUUCAGACCCCCGAUGGACUACGCCUUCAGCGACCUGAUCAGGGACAGGACAAUGUUGCACAAGGAGCAGGGCUACGCCAGCGGCCUGUACGGGCCCUUGGUCAACAACACGCCGGACAAACAGUGAGGCGGGCGGACUGACCACACAGACACGAUCCGUUGUAUUUGUAGCCACAAGUGUUGAAUGUUCUGGCGAAAAAAAAAAAUCUUGUGAUGUGUGUUUGGCUGCAGGCAAACUGUACAUGAUGGGAUUAUCUGACCUGUAGUCAGAGGGGGAGAAACUAAAUUCACUCAUGUGUAAUCUUCAAAAAUAAUUUUAUAUGUUACACUUUAAAAGUUUGGAUGACAGUCCCCAUUUAUAAGCCUCAUUGUGCCAUCAAUAAAAAUUAAUGUGAAACUGAAAAGGAUAUUUUAUACAUUCCAAAAUAAAUCAUGAAAACUGGGAAUUAAAUGUAAAGUAAACCCAGGCGCACAAAAGGCUGAAACUACUUACAUGCUUUUAUUAUCACUGAUUUAUUUGUCAGUUCUGCAGGAAAAUAAAUUGAAGUAACAAAUAAAUGAUUUAUUAGAGUUGCUAUUAUUGCUAUUAGAUUUUUUUUAAAAGCACACCAAAUUCAAAUGAAAAUAUGCAUUCCUCUGACACGCAUCGAAUAAAUAAAUGGGACAAAAUUAAGUUAUUAAAACACGUAGUUUACGGAUGUUAACCCUGUAAAAGUUGAACUAAUGUUUUGUAAAUGCCAUCCCCUUUUUCCUUAUGUAUUAUUUUACUUAUGCCACCUUCUCUGUUUUUUUAGUUAAUUUCCAAC